GUUCAAUCAUUUAAUUACCUUAUUUCCAAGUCGUGCUCAUCGUAAUAAGACACAAAGUAUUCAGACUCUGCUGUCAGCGGUCCAUAUAAAAUAAGGUAAUAUGGAAGAAGUUGAACGCGCGAAAGAGGCGGCCGCCCAGCCACCUCCUGCCACAACCAUUUUUGGCAAAAUUAUCGAUGGCUCCAUCCCGGCUAAAAUCAUUUAUCGCGACGAUAAAUGUUUAGCUUUUCACGACGUCAAUCCUCAAGCUCCAGUCCAUUUCCUCGUCAUCCCCAUCAAGCCCAUCACCAUGCUGGAAACAGCAGAGGCUGUCGACCAAGAGCUUCUAGGACAUCUGAUGCUAGUUGCCAAGAAAGUGGCUGCGGAUUUGAACCUGCAAAGAGGAUACAGGCUGGUGAUCAACAAUGGAGAAGAAGGCUGCCAGUCUGUUUUCCAUCUUCACAUUCACGUACUGGGAGGUAGGCAGUUGGGAUGGCCUCCUGGCUAAACAAAUUUUGAUCACUUCAUUGAGUUGUCUGUACCAUUGCCAGAUAUCUCAAAUAAAUCUAUUGUAACU